AUGACGCUCGACCUCAGUCUCUACCUAGUAACAGAUUCUACGCCUGCCAUACUCGGAAGCCGAGACAUCUACACAGUCGUCGAAGAAGCUUGCAAGGGUGGAGUUACGAUCGUUCAAUACAGAGACAAGACAAGUGAUACCGGAGCCCUCGUGGAAACAGCCACGAAGCUCCAUGACAUCACGAAACGAUACAAUGUUCCUCUGAUAAUCAAUGACCGUGUAGAUGUUGCUAUCGCGUCCGGUGCGGAGGGUGUGCAUCUGGGGCAGGAUGAUAUGUCAAUAACUGCCGCCAAGAAGAUACUGAGCAAAGAUGCCAUCGUCGGUAUCAGUGCAUCAACCGUUGAGGAGGCUGUCAGGGCCGUCAAAGAAGGAGCCGAUUAUCUAGGCAUUGGCACACUGUUUGCGACUCCAACAAAAACAAAUACCAAAAACAUAAUCGGCACAGCAGGCGUCCAGAUGAUUCUCGACAGUAUCAGCCGCCUCGAUCGGGCAGUAAGCACCGUCGGAAUUGGCGGCAUCAAUCUAUCCAAUGUGCAGCGAGUCCUAUAUCAAUCAGCGGCCCCUAACAAAGCCCUUGACGGCGUAGCAGUGGUGAGUGCAAUCAUGGCCGCAGAGAACCCCAAAUCUGUUGCGGAACAACUCAAAGAGACGAUAGCCACGCCGCCGGCUUUUGUUACCAGGAAUUCCAUUGAGGACUCUUCAGCUGUUGACGUGAGCGCACUUGCUGCUGCUGUUCCGGAAGUGGUGCAGAAGGUAGUCAAUUUCCAUCCUAUCGUGCACAGUAUGAUCAAUUUUGUGGUUGCGAACUUUGUUGCGAAUGUGGCUAUCUCAGCCGGUCUAUCGCCCAUUAUGUCCCAAUACGGCGACGAAGCCAAGGACCUCGCCGUCCACGGAGGUGGACUCGUCAUCAACAUGGGCACACUGACCAGUGCAAGCAUCGGCGAAUACCUCAAAGCUGUCAAAGCGUACAACAGCAACGGCAACCCUGUCGUGCUCGAUCCAGUCGGUGCCGGAGCUACUGCAAUUAGACGGGAUGCAGUCAGAACGCUGAUGGCAGGCGGUUAUUUUGAUCUUAUCAAGGGUAAUGAACGAGAAAUUCGGCAGGUUUAUGGGAAUACGGCCAAUCUUACUCAGAGGGGGGUUGAUAGUGGGCCGAGCGCGUUGAACGAUGUUGAGAAGGCUACUUUGGCUAGAGAUCUGGCCCGGAGGGAGCGAAACAUUGUCCUCAUUACCGGGACGAUUGACUACCUGAGUGAUGGACGUCGCGUCAUUGCAAUUAAGAAUGGCCACGAACUACUCAGCAAAGCUACCGGGACCGGCUGCGCCAUCGGCACAAUCUGUGGUGCCUACUUAGCAGCGUAUCGAGACAACAAACUCCUCGCAGUGCUUGCAGGGUUAUUAAUGUACGAAAUCGCAGCCGAGAAUGCAGCAGCAAAGGACACGGUUAAUGGACCGGGGACAUUCCUGCCUGCUUUCCUUGAUGAAAUCCAUUUCAUAUGGCAAAAGGCUUCAGAGGGUGAUUUGAAAUGGGCUCAGGGGCGUGCUAAGAUUGAAGAAGUCAAGCUGUGA